AGCUGUCCAAGAGCCUCUCUUCUGGGCCUCCUGUGACCCCAGGAAGGAUCCAGUGCAGUGCGAGUCUCUUCCAGCCCAGCGAGAAGCCCAGGAUGUUCCUGAAGGCUGUGGUCCUGACCCUGUCCCUGGUGGCUCUCACUGGUGCCCGGGCUGAGGUCAGUGCUGACCAGGUGGCCACUGUGGUGUGGGACUACUUUAGUCAACUGAGCAACAAUGCCAAGGAAGCUGUGGAACAUCUUCAGAAGACGGAGCUCACCCAGCAGCUCAAUGCCCUCUUCCAGGACAAGAUUGGGCAAGUGAACACCUACACCGACAACCUGCAGAAGAAGCUGGUGCCCUUUGCCACGGAGCUGCACGAUCGCCUGAGCAAAGACUCCGAGAAGCUGAAGGAGGAGAUCCGGAAGGAGCUGGAGGAGCUGCGCGCCCGGCUGCUGCCCCACGCCACCGAGGUGAGCCAGAAGAUCGGGGACAACAUGCGCGAGCUGCAGCAGCGCUUCGAGCCGUACGCGGAUGAGCUGCGCACCCAGGUCAACACCCACGCCGAGCAGCUGCGGAAACAGCUGACGUCCCAUGCGCAGCGCAUGCAGAGCGCGCUGCGCCAGAACGUGGACAACCUGCAGGUCUCCCUGAAGCCCUAUGCAGAUGAGUUGAGGGCCCAGAUCGACCAGAACGUUGAAGAGCUCAAGGGACGCCUCACGCCCUACGCGGAUGAGCUCAAGGUCAAGAUCGACCAGAACGUGGAGGAGCUGCGCCGUAGCCUGGCUCCCUACGCGCAGGACGUGCAGGAGAAGCUCAACCACCAGCUCGAGGGCCUGGCUUUCCAGAUGAAGAAGAACGCCGAGGAGCUGAAGGCCAAGAUCUCGGCCAACGCCGAUGAGCUGCGGCAGAGGCUGGAGCCCGUGGCUGAGGAGGUGCGGGGCAAGCUGAGGGACAACACCCAGGAGCUGCAGAAGUCGCUGACCGAGCUGAGCAGCCAGCUGGACCGGCAGGUGGAGGAGUUCCGCCGCAACGUGGGGCCCUACGGCGAGACCUUCAACAAGGCUCUCCUGCAGCAGGUAGAGGAGCUGAGGCAGAAGCUGGGCCCCUAUGCAGGGGAUGUGGAAGACCACCUGAGCUUCCUGGAGAAGGAUCUGAGGGACAAGGUCAACUCUUUUUUCAGCACCCUCAAGGAGACAGAGAACCAGGAUACACUUGUGCCCGCCACCGAGCAGCAGCAGUCGCUGGUCCCUUUAGACAGCUGAGCUGUCCCUGGCGCUCACGCCCUCCCAUGGACACCUGCCCA